GCGCGCGCGACACGCGACCGGUGGGACAUCGCGCGCGAUGUGGCGCGUGCAGUGCAACCUCCCCCCGCGCGCGGUGGAGGUCCUGCGGUCGGGCGGAUCGCACGAGUCGCACGGCGGGAUGAACGCGGAGCGAUCGACCGCGUGGGUGACGCGCGGGAACGUCGUCCUCGCGUGGCCGCUGCCGAAGACGCCGUGCGAGCUCGAGGGCGGCGCCGCGCCGGAGAGCUGCGCGGAGUACUACGCGAACGGCGGCGAACGCCCGAUCGUGUACGUGACGCGAUCGUCGAAGGACGGCGCGCUGCUCAUGACGAGCGCGGGCGGCGCCUCCUCCGGGGGCGUCGUGACCGUGACGCGAUGCGACGCGAACGGCGGCACGUUCCGAGAGCUCGGCGCCGCGUCGCUGCCGGGCGCGCCCGCCGUGACCGCGGUCGCGUCGAUCCCGUCGCCGACCGGCGGCGUCGUCGCCGCCGUCGGGUGCGCGGACGGCGAGCUCUACCUUCUCGAGUGCCCGCCGAACGGCGGGGAGCUGAUCGUCAAACGCGCGGAUCGAGACGCGGAGACGGGCGGCGGCGGCGGCGGCGGCGCGACGACGCCGUCGCGGCUCGUGAACCUCGCGAUGAGCGCGUCUAAAGCGGCGCUCAGGUUUAUUAAACCGUCGACGGCGCACCGAUCGAUUCGAUCGAUCGCGUUCGCGCGAUCGUCGACGCGCGGAGGAGGGUCGAUGAGACUGCUCGUGCUCACCGCGACGUCGACGGAGGAGUGGGAGGUGUCGCGAGACGGCGACGUCGCGCUCGGCGAGACGCACGAGGUGUUGCCCGCGAUCAAAAGCGCGCUGCAGUCGGACGGUGAUCUCGAGAUCGCGUCCAUCGCCGCGGGCGACGGCGACGACGCGACGGUGCUGUGCCGCGACGGCGCGCGGUGGUCGAUCCACGUCGGCGAGCGGCGGCGCGGCGGCGGCGCGUUCGCGCUCCUCGCGUCGACGAUUCCCCCCGCGGGAUCCGUCCCCGCGGGCGGCGCCCCCGGCGCGCGCGCGACGGUCCACGUCGGCGGCGCCCCUCGCGAAUCCGCGCUCGUCGUCACCUCCGGCGGCGGCGCCGCGCUGUUCGCGGGGUCGACGCUUCAAGAGCAGCUGCUGUUGCACGACCCCGCCGCGGGCGGCGGCGGCGUCCUCGCCGCCGCCCCCGCGCCGGAACUCGGGGGGUGGCUGCUGCUCACGGAGCUGAUGGGCGUCGUCGCGUACGCGCCCACCGCGCCCGCGCCGCCGUCGCCGAUCAAGAGAUCGCCCUCGCCGGCGCCGCCGCCGGAGCCGCGGGAUUCGGGCCCGAGCCCGACGCGCUUCAGCCCGAGGCUCGCGGCGGCGGCGGCGGCGGCGGCGUCGGCGCCGCGGGCGACGGCGGCGGACGCGGCGCGCGAAGAAGCCGAAGCCGCGGUCAGGAACGAGUUCGCGGCGUACGUCGCGGGGCACGGCGCCGCGCCCUCGGAGUGCGGGUUCCGACUGAGAGCCGCGGGCGCGUUAGGUGGGUCUCUGGACGGCACCGAGGGCGGGGACGUCGACGGCGGCGUCGGGGCGUUCGCCGCGUGCUCGAGGGCCAUCGUGGACGCGCUCCCGAAGCACUGGCCCGGCCCGGACGGUCCGGGCCCCGGCGUGGAGUUGCACUUGGACGAAAAAGCGCGCAGGCACGACGUGUUCUUGCGGUUCCUCGUGGAAGCGUCCGGGGUGUGGCAGCUCCUCGCCGCGAGCGAGCGCGAGGCGAUCCUCGAGCACGGCGAGAUGGUCUCCGCGCUCCUGUGCGUCCGCUCCCUGCACAACGAAGCCGCGGAGAUGGCGGAGACCGGCGCCGACCGAGAGAGAGGGUCCGACGCGUUGGCGCUCCUGCUCGAGGCGGCGACGACCGCGGGCGCGGCGUUGCAAGCCUCGGACGCGGCGGUGAGAGGCCGUCCCGCCGUGGAGGUGUGCUACAGCCGCGCGACGGGCGCGGCGGACGCGCUGCUGCCCGCGCUCGCGGACGGCUUGGAGCGGCACGCCGGCGCGCGGGCGCGCGCGUCGCUGCACGAGCGCGCCGCGGCGUUGGACGCGUUAUCGAGGGCGUUGCUCGGCGCGCUGAGCUCCGCGAGCGAUUUCCGCAGGCAUCACGCGUCGCUGUACCCGCCCGCGGGCGCGGGCGCGGUCGCGCCGCCGCCGCGGUGGAACGCGGGUGAGGGCGCGCGGAUGGCGCUGACCGCCGCCGCCGACGCGGCGGCGGCGCUGAGGGACGAGGCCGCGAGAGGCGGCGCGCCCGAUCUCGCGUCGCCGCUCGGGUCGCAGCUCUACGCGCUGGCGGCGCCGCUGCUCGACGCGACCGCGGCGCACGUGGCGUCCGCGCCGUUAGGGUCCGCGGAGAGGGCGAUGGCGAGGGACGAGUACGCGCGCGCGCGCGCGAGCGUUUUGCCCGCGCUCAUGAACGCCGCGCGCGCGAGCGACGGCGGCUUCGGAGGGUUCGCGUCCGGAGAUUUCGCGAGCGGUCCGUUCGCGGUCACCAUGGACGCGGUUGCCGCGGUCGCGGAGGCGCACUUCGGGUACGAGCAGCUCGCAGAGGUGUGCGAGACCGCGAUGGCGCACGCGGCGCGCGUCGGCGACGGCGCGGCGAUCGACGGCGCGGUGGCGAGGACGCACCAUCACAUGCGGACGUUACGCGGCGCCGCGGAGGACGGCGAAUGCACGUUCGCGACGUUCAUGUUCCACCGGAUGAUGACGAACCCGGGGUACCACUCCGGUGUCGGCGCGCGCGUCGCAGAGAUGCUGCAAGAUACCCCCGACGAGUUCUACGGCGAGCUCGGGGAGUGCCUGAAGCCGCACCCGCCGCUUCUGUGGUUGCAUCAGUUGCGCGCGGACGACUACGUAGGCGCGGCCGGGACGCUCCACGGCCUCAGCGUCUCCGGCGCGAGCGGCGGCGGGAACGCGUCCGUGAGGGAACAAGCGCAGUACCUGUCGCUCGCGAAACUGUCCUUGCUCGCGGGAGGCGCGCCCGCGGACGCGGACGACGUCGUCGCCAUCGACGCCGCGCUCGACCUCGCGAAGAUUCAGUCCGCGUUGUCCGCGCGAAGGAAAGUCGGAUCCGCGGACGCGUCGUCGCCGCCGUUGCCGCCGUUGAAGCUCGUGGAAGCGUGCCUCGGCGACAGCGCGAAAGGCGCGAGCGAAGACGACCUCAUCGACGCGUUCUCGGUCUUCGCGUCCGCGGGCGGGGAGUUCCGCGAGGCGAACAAGUCGCUGUUGGAGGUGUGCUGGCGACGCGCCGCGGCGGAGACGGACUGGAGCGAGCUCGGCGCGCUCGGGGCGUCGGGGGGGGACGCCGCGUACGUCCGCGCGUUGGCGGCGACGCCCGUCGCGAGAGCCGCGCGGCGGUGCUACGACCCAUCGUACGCGGUACGGUUAGGCCCUCCGUUCGACGAGGUCAUCACCCCGGAAAACGCGUUGAAGCUGUUGGAGGAGGCGUUGGGCGGGGAAGAGGCGAGCGUGGAGCCUUUGCGCGCGGCUUUGAGCCUCGGCAUCUCGGCGCGGUGAGCGACGGCUCGGAGCACGAAAAGAUAGAGAGAGAAUACUGUACGUUGUUCAUAUCAGACGUAUAUUACAAACGU